GUUAAUUAAUCUGUGCAAAUAAAUGUCAACAAGUUUAAUCUGUCAAAGAAAAAUCGCAAAUUUUUACUAAAAACAUUUACAAACUUAUAUUAAAUUUUACUCAAAAUUUUACAGUACUGCUAGAUAAACAUAAAAGUAAUUAUGGCCAAAACUAGUUAUUGCAUAGAAAAUAUAUUUACUUACGCUUCCAGAAAUCAUUGUAUAACGAAACUUAAAGAGUUCAGAGUUCCUAAGGCUAAUAAACGGGGAAAGACUCCUGAAGCUACUGCGGCCGUAUUAGUGCCUGUGUGUCGUUAUAAUGACGUUCCUUCUUUACUGUAUACUCUUCGUUCACCUAAUUUAAGUAGUCACAGUGGUCAAAUAUCGUUUCCAGGGGGAAAAACGGAUAAUGAUGAAACACCUAUGCAGACGGCGUUACGAGAGACUAAAGAAGAAAUAGGUCUAUCGUCGGAGAAGAUAGAAGUUUGGGGAGUUGGGCCCGCAUUUCCCGGACGUGACAACAAAAUACUAAUCUCUCCAGUAAUUGGUUCUAUCAAUGAUUUAAAAUGCGAGGACUUAGCAGUGAACCGUAAUGAAGUAGCAGAAGUCUUUACUGUUCCAAUAGAAGUUUUAUGUAACCCAGAAAAUCAGUAUCAUACUCAAUUUAGGAAUGGAUUUAUAUUACCGGUUUUUAUUGCCAAUAAAUAUAAAAUUUGGGGUAUUACAGCAUAUAUUACACAUGUAUUUCUGAGCUGUGUGUUAUCUAGAGAUGUUUACAAAAAUGAAUGGAUGAAGAAGAAAAUUGAGAUGGCAAAUGUGGGUCUAGAAAAAUUGUGACGAUAUCCUAUUAAUUAGUACAAAUUAGAUAAAUUUAUUGAGUACAUUUGUUGUAUAUUAUUAUAUUAUUUAUGAAAUAAAAGAAUGGUUUUAUAAAAGUUGUUUAUUAAAGUAAAAAAAGCUGCUCAUACAAAGUUUUACAUUAAUUAAUUAAGCACUUUUUGUUUUUUGCUUAGCAAGGCACAAAGCAUAACACUUAUUUACAUUACAAAUGCUAUUGUAAAAUUGCAACUGUUUUUUAUAAGAUAUAUUACCACUUACAAGUAUUAAAAAAAUUGAGCAAUAUGUUAGAUAUAUGUAUCACAAUUUUCUAAAAACGAUCACACACACACACAUAUAAUAUGAAAUAUAUGAAUUUAAUUCAAUAUUAUUUAAGCAAGAUACAA